CACCAGCUUACUACCGCACUGGACGGACUGCAUUACUGCUGGGUUGGCGCAGGGAGAAUCGCCAGCCUGCAAGUGUGAACACCCUGACCUCACUGCUGGUGCAUCGGUGGCAGGAGCAUACAGUUCUCUGCUGUCUACUGCGCGGUGAUGAUGGCAGAGCCACGGUCACUGUGCUCACCUUGAUACACACACACUCGGACAUCAGAGACCCAGACGCAUAUUGUACUUCGAUAUGACUAGACGAAUAGUGCGCACACUGGGCCAGAUCGCGGCUUUCCUUGCACUCGUGUGCGUACUGGUUUACAUUGCCGAUUCUCGCUAUCGUGUCUUGCCGGACUCGAUCCAUCAUGCGCUUCCGUCGCAUCAUGCCGGAACGGUAAUCACAGACGUCACAAUAGCACAUUGCUCCCCCGUCAAUCCGCUAUCGUCGUGCCGGCUCGAUGCCGACAUAUGGAAACGAGUGGAGAAGGAUCUUUUGCUCGGCUCGGGCUGGCUGCGAAGUGCCUACCUGCAUGUUCAGCGCAAGAAGGAGGAAGAGCUCACGACAAACGACAAGGUAGUCGUUGACAUCCGCGUUAGCAGACAGGAGCCGGGCACGAACGAGAAGGAACAGCGUGAUGUGGCGUGGGAGAGUCGGCCGGGUGGCAUCUACAUCGGCCGUAGUGCUAAGCGUCAUGAUAGCGACUCUGAUCGGGCAGUCACCGCGAUUGAUGUGCUGUUCGGAUCCGAUGCUGUGGACCCCAGGCCGAAUUGGUCAGUCCAAGAAGUGCCUCUACUGGUUGAUGGAGGCAAUGCAAACCGGGCUCCACGACUCAGCGUGCGUCGAGGACGACCGCAGACGGAGCACAAACCACAUGUCCCCAAAGUGAAUAAGGACGGCACUUUCAAGAUCUUGCAGAUCUCUGACGCGCACUUGGCAACAGGCAUCGGCACCUGCCGAGAUGCUAUAGGUGAAGGGGACAAACCUAGUAAAAAGUGCGAAGCCGAUCCACGCACGCUGGAUUUCAUCGAGCAGAUACUUGACGACGAGAAACCUGACCUCGUAGUGCUUUCAGGGGACCAGGUAGAAGGUCCUGCGGCACCAGACACCCAGACCGCAAUCUUCAAAAUGGUCGCGCCACUCGUGGAGCGCUCCAUUCCUUACGCAGCCAUAUUUGGCAACCAUGAUGAUGAAGGUGCAAUGUCCUUACCCCGGAAGGGACAAAUGGCUUUGAUUCAAACCCUGCCUUUCAGUCUAAGCCAGGCUGGACCAGCAGAAGCAGAAGGUGUUGGCAACUACUACGUGGAAGUGCAGGCGCACAGCUCACAGCACUCGGCUCUGACCAUAUAUCUGCUAGACACGCAUAGCCUGACCCCAGACGAGAAGCGCUACAAGGGCUACGACUGGCUGAAGCCGGGCCAGAUUCACUGGUUUCGUGAGACCGCAGAAAGCUUGAAGAAGGCACACAGCAGAUACAGCCAUAUUCACUUGGAUAUGGCGUUUAUUCAUAUACCUCUCCCUGAGUACGCCGAUCGCGCAAAUAUCAUUCGAGGAGGGCAGUGGAAGGAGGGCGUGACGGCACCCGGCUACAACAGUCAUUUCUACGAUGCUCUGUCUGAAUAUGGCAUAGUCGCAGUUGGCUGUGGACACGACCAUGUCAACGACUAUUGCGCACUCAGACCACACCAAUCAACUUCCCGCGACGCGCCUGCUGAGGCAUCGCCCGAGCAUCAUACGACUCAUGCGGCGAAGAAGGAACGGCGUGGUCCAUGGAUGUGCUACGCUGGUGGCUCCGGCUUUGGAGGUUAUGCCGGGUAUGGAGGCUUCCAUCGGCGGGUGCGUCUAUGGCAAAUUGAUACCAAUGCUGGAAGAAUGACGACUUGGAAGCGUGUAGAAUGCUGCGGCGAAGAUACUAAGAAAAGGAUUGACGAGCUAGUCCUGGUGGACGGGGGUAAUGUCUUCGAACCCUCAUGAGUGGGAAUUGACACUCCCGUCAUUCAACAGGCGCACGGCGAGGGGAAGGGACUCUGAGCGUGCCGCACAGAUCACCUGGCAUGGCAAAGGAGGGAAGCGAGGCGCUUGGGCGCUGGACAGAGGGGCGACAGUCAGCCUUUGGAUAUUGGUAUGACUUGCUCCUCCACCUGCCGAUUAUAUACCCAUCUGCAAUUUAUCCAAUCUGCUCGCAAUCUCACUCACCAAUAUCGGGUCUUCACAUGCAAUAUCUCUGACACUCCUUCCGGUUCCCGAAGACGGCAUGGCAUUUGGGACCAACACAAAGCACUGUCGGCAGCAUGGUCUACUUCCAAGACGAUACAAUCAGGUUGACUUCAGGCCAAUCGUUCACCAGUUGGCAGAAAAGUCUUCUCCUUCCACAUCUAGGCAUACGCUUGCACAUAGACGAGGGCACAG